CAUGUGGCUGAACUUCAGCGGCAGGCGGGCCCUGGUGACCGGGGCAGGGAAAGGGAUCGGGAGAGACACUGUGAAGGCCCUGCACGCGCUGGGCACCGCAGUGAUCGCCGUGAGCCGCACCAACAUGGACCUGGUGAGCCUCUCCGAGCAGUGCCCUGGGAUAGAGACCGUGUGUGUGGACCUGGGUGACUGGGAGGCCACGGAGCGGGCACUGGGCAACGUGGGCCCCGUGGACCUGCUGGUGAACAACGCUGCCACGCUGCUGACGCAGCCCUUCCUGGAGGUCACCAAAGACGUCUUCGACAGGACCUUCAACGUGAACCUGCGCUCUGUGGUCCAGGUGUCCCAGAUCGUGGCCCGGGGCAUGAUCCAACGAGGAGUGCCCGGCUCCAUUGUCAAUGUGUCCAGCAUGGUGGCCCACGUCACCUUCCCAAACCUAGCUGUCUACAGCUCCACCAAGGGCGCAAUGACGGCACUCACCAAAGUCAUGGCUGCAGAACUGGGGCCAUACAAGAUUCGGGUAAACUCUGUGAACCCCACGGUGGUGCCGACGGCCAUGAGCCAGAGAGUCCUGACGGACCCCGACUUUGCCCGGAAGCUGAAGGAGCGGCACCCGCUGCGGAAGUUUGCAGAGAUGGAGGACGUGGUCAACAGCAUCCUCUUCCUGCUCAGCGACCGCAGCGCUUCCACCAGCGGCUCGGGCAUCCUCGUGGACGCCGGGUACCUAGCCUCCUAGAGCGCGCGGCGCGGGCGCCCUCCCGCCAGGCC